AUGGAGGAGAGUAUGGACAUUAUCAUGCCCUCCGAAGGGCUUGAUUGUAGCAGAGUUGUAAAGGAUGUAUCUUCAUUCCAGCUGAAAAAGGACCCUGAUUUUAUCCAGACAAGACUGAUAACCUUUGACACGUUGUACGAACGUCAGAAAAAGCGUAUUGAUGAGAUAGAGAAACGUGACAUUAGCGUUAAUUUGGAGGUUUCAGGAAAAGAAGAUGAAAUGAUCAAUUGCAAGUCGUGGGUAACAUGCCCAGCUGAUCUUCUUAGUCGACUAAACAAGGCGGAUUCCAAGGCAAUAAUUGUAGCUGAGCCAAUAAUGGGCACAGUUGCAGACAUUGAAAAUGAUGAUGAGCAAAAUGAGGAGUGGAUUAUGUGGGACCUGUUCAGACCACUCGAAGGUGAUUGCAAGUUAAGAUUUCAUAGUUUCGAUUCCCCCAAGGGCCAACAUGUCUUUUGGCAUUCUUCGGCACACAUGCUUGGGUCCGCGCUCGAAACCCUAUACGGAGCAUAUAUAACUAUAGGCCCGGCCCUAAGUAGUGGUUUUUAUUACGACUGUUACAUAGGAAGCAAUAGUUUCAAGCCCGAAGACAUGGAGCACAUACGCAAUGAAGUCUCAAAAAUGGCGAAGGUGAAAUCGCCCUUCCAACGGCUUGUAUGUACUAAAGAGGAGGCUCUGGAGCUCAUGAAGCACAAUCCCUUCAAAGUCGAUCUCAUACGUAGGAAGGUACCGGAUGGAUCCAAUACGGUUUGUUAUCGUUGCGGUAACUUUGUUGAUCUGUGUCGUGGACCUCAUUUGCCUUACACUUCUUCCGUUUCCCCUAAGGCAUUUGCUGUAACGAAGUUCUCGUCGUGCUAUUGGCUCUCUAAAAGCACAGCAGACACACUUCAGCGGGUAUAUGGUAUAUCGUUUCCGAAGGAGGAGCAACUAAAAGCGUAUGAACGGCGCAUAGAAGAAGCUAAAUACCGUGACCACAGAAUUAUAGGUACCAAACUUAACCUUUUCCAUUUCGAUAACAUUCACUCACCCGGAUCUUGUUUCUGGUUGCCAAAUGGUGCAAAGAUAUACAAUCGUCUUGUGGACUUCAUGCGUGAGAACUACCGAUUAAGGGGUUACCAGGAAGUAAUCACUCCAAACAUUUAUUCAUGUGAAUUGUGGAAGACGUCUGGGCAUUAUGAUAACUACAAAGAAAACAUGUACAUGUUUAACGUUGAUGAAACGGAAUGGGGAAUAAAAGGCAUGAAUUGUCCAGGUCAUUGCUUGAUGUUUAGGUACCUUAGUCCUUCUUACAGACAGUUACCAUUAAGAUUUGCUGACUUCGGCGUGCUUCAUCGAAAUGAGCUCACGGGAAGCCUCAGCGGCCUAACUCGGGUUAGGCGGUUCCAACAAGACGAUGCUCACAUCUUCUGCACAACGGAGCAAAUAUCUGGGGAGGUGCUUUCUAUUCUUCAGUUUAUUGACGAUGUUUAUUCGUUAUUCAAUUUUAAAUACAGCUUCAAAUUAUCGACGAAACCACAGAAAGCAUUGGGUGAUGAUGAGCUUUGGGAAAAGGCUGAAUCUGGGCUUAGGGAUGCACUUGAAAGAUGUGGUAGACCUUGGACAUUGAAUCCAGGAGAUGGAGCCUUUUAUGGCCCCAAAAUCGACGUAAUUCUAUUGGAUUGUCUUGACAGAGAGCAUCAGUGUGGUACAAUACAACUCGAUUUCAACCUACCUAUAAGGUUUAAUCUGGGGUAUCGUGAUAAGGAGGAUGGUGAGAGCACAGAUUGCAAGCGAGGAUUCUCCAGACCUGUUAUAAUUCACAGGGCAAUUUUCGGCUCCCUAGAGCGUUUCAUUGCCAUAGUGAUUGAGCAUUUAAAGGGCAAACUACCCUUUUGGCUGUCACCAACUCAGGUUGCUAUCUUACCGAUAUCUGAUAAGCACAUGCCGUAUGCCAACAGUAUAUAUGAGAGGUUACUUCACCUCGGCUAUAACUGCUAUGUGGAUGGUAGUGCAAACACCAUGAACAAAAAGAUAAAAUCCAAUCAAGACCAGCGUUACAAUUACAUGUUGAUCAUUGGAGAUCGUGAGGUUGAAACGGGAACCGUAUCUAUGCGAUCUAUGGAUAGUCAGGCCAACGAGACACUUAGUCUAGAUGCUUUGUAUGCUAGGUUGGCCACGGAAGCCGAUGCAUAUAAGAAAAACAUUAAGUGCUUCCAUUUGGAAAAAUGA